AUUGCUAAGCAUCAAGCGUUAUUUUCUAACAAAUGUAAUUCCUCCACUUUAAUUGUAUUUAUUUUCUUAAAAUUGUCUUUAAUUAGCAUUAAAUCAUUGCGUUUAUUUACCAACUUUAUGCAUGAAUGACUAAUGGAUACUUAGAUAAAGAUUAAAUAUCUACAAAUCAAACAUAUGCAAUUAUAAACAAAAACAAAGAUAACACUUUUUGCAUCUUGACAAUGGCAUCCAAGCGCAAAUCUUUGGGCAAACCCUUUGCUAGUGGACACCAAAAAACUACACAAAAUCCCAAAAAUCAAGAUAAUCCCGACUCAGAAACCGAAGACAAUAAUUUAGACGCUGCAAAUCUGUCGGAUGAUGAAGAGGGAGGAACCCGCAUUGGUGACAUUUACAUUCCCCCGCCAAUAAAGCCAUACUGUUCCACGGAGAGCAAAGGACCGCGACUUAUAAUCAAACAAAUAGAAAAUGUCAAUUUCAAGAGUUAUGCUGGCAAAGUUGUCCUUGGACCAUUCCACCACUGCUUCACAGCCAUUAUCGGACCCAACGGCAGCGGCAAAAGUAAUGUCAUUGAUUCUAUGUUAUUUGUGUUUGGUUAUCGUGCCCAAAAAAUUCGUUGCAAGAAACUAUCAGUGUUGCUCCACAAUUCUGCUCGAUAUCCCAAUAUGCAGCGCUGCUCUGUCGCUGUCCAUUUUAUCCAGGUAGUGGACAAGGAAGACGGUAGCUGCGAAGAGAUUGCCAAUACUGAUAUUGUUGUCGAACGAACUGCAUUUCGUGAUAACACCUCAUAUUACACCAUAAACGGUCGUCGAGUGCAGUUUAAAGAAGUCGCAAAGCUCUUAAAGCAACACAAUAUCGAUCUGGACCACAAUCGAUUUCUCAUCUUACAGGGAGAAGUAGAAUCCAUUGCAAUGAUGAAACCGAAAGGUCAGACUGAAAACGAAUGUGGUAUGCUGGAGUAUUUGGAAGACAUUGUUGGAACAACUCGCUACAAAGAACCACUUGUUAAAAUCAACAGCCGUGUUGAACAACUCACUGAAGAGCGUACUGAGAAGCACAAUCGAUGUAAGCUGGCCGAACGUGAAAUGAAAGAUUUGGAACAACCGUACAAUGAGGCUGUAGAGUAUCUUAAAUUGGAGAACCAGCUAACUAGGACAACAAAUCUACAAAUUCAAAAGUAUUUAAGCGAGAAGAAUAAAAAACUCGAAGAAUACACUAAGGAGCAGGAGGGAAUUGCAACAGAGUUAAAAGAGCAUGACGCUGAGGUAGUAUCUCUGAAAACGGAGAGAUUGGCAAAGGAAAAAGCGAUGAAAGAAGAAAUGGCGCAAUUUGAAAAGCUGCAAAAAAACGUAGACCAGCUAAAACAAAAUCACGAAAAAGCCUUAAGUGAUGUAACCGAAGUUCAAACAACAAUGCAAGCCACAAAUAAACGACGAAAACAAAAUAAGACACAAUUAGAAAAAUUGGAAAAUGAAUUGAUCGACCUGCAUAAAGUACCAGAAAAAAAUAAAAAAGAAAUCGAAGAGUGUGAAAAGAAAUGUGAAAAGCUUUCUAAACAAAAAGGUGAUUUGGAAGAACAACUCCAGCGUAAUUAUACCGAACUUGAGGAGCAAACGAAACCACUUAUAGAACAACGUGAAGUUCUCGAAACUGAGCUGAUAGAUCUAAAAAAAAAUGUUGAUGAGGCUAAAGCCGAUCUGGCACUUUCCGAACAAGAACUUAAAAUUUUAAAACAUGACGAGACUCAAGAGAAGCGAAAAUACGAAUCGCUUAAAACUUCUUUUGAUGAUUCACAGACAGGGCUUGACCAGAAGCAAGAAAAAUUGCACGAGUUACAACAAACGAUUCCCGAGCUUGUAAAACAAAUGUCUGAAAAAACAAUUGAAUUGCAAACCAAUCGAAAAGAAGAAGAGGCAUUGCAAGCUCGAUUAUUGUCGCUCAAGGCCGAGAUAAAUGAAAAAGUUAGUAGCUUUCAAGCAACACGUUCAAACAAUAGAGUACUAGAUUUUCUGAUGAAGCAAAAGAACGAAGGGAAAAUUCCUGGUAUAUUGGGAAGGCUUGGUGAUUUGGGCGCUAUUGAGUCGAGAUACGAUGUAGCAAUAUCAACAGCAUGUGGGCGACUUGAUAACAUAAUUGUUGAUUGUGUAAACACAGCACAGCAAUGUAUUGAAUAUCUUAAGCGUUAUGACGUAGGUAGAGCCUCAUUCAUUGCUUUGGAGAAAGUAUGCCAUCUUCAAAAUCAAAUGCAGAGAAUAAACACGCCUGAGAAUGCGCCGCGACUAUUUGAUCUAGUCAAAGUAGAGGAUGAGCGUGUGCUGCCUGCUUUUUAUUUCGCUCUUCGAAAUACUCUUGUAGCAACAGAUUUAGAACAAGGCUCCCGCAUUGCAUAUGGGGCUAGGCGCUAUCGUGUUGUCACUUUAAAUGGUGAUUUAAUUGAAACUUCUGGAACAAUGUCAGGUGGCGGUCGCACACAAAUUCGUGGCAAAAUGGGAACUAAAGUUCAAACUAAAACCAAACCUUCAGAUAACGAAUCAUCUCUAAUAUCGCAAAAAGCUCUUGAAGACAUGCAAGUUCAGGCCGAAGAAAUUCAGUCCAGAAUCAAUUUUUGUCAAGAAGAACAAGGCCGCUUAGAACGUGAGCUCUAUCAACUCAAUGGAAAAAAACAAAGUCUUGAAGCUGAAAUAAACAAACUUAACAUCACAAUUAACAGCUUAAAAGAACAAUUGCCUAGAAUUAAAGAUCAAUUACAAGCACAGAAGAUUCGCAUGGAAAAAACAACUUCUGAUGCAGCCAAAGUAAGCCAGAUCGAAGCUCAAAUCGCAGUUAAACGUAAAUCUUUCGAGCAAUCAGACAACGCAGCAAAUAAAAUAACAACUAAAAUUGACGAAAUUAAGAAAAAAAUUGAAAAUAUACACGGCGAGAAAGUCAAAUCAGUUCAAAACAAAAUUAACAAUUUAAACAAGCAAAUUAAAACACUUACCAAUAAUGUGUCAAAACUCAAUGUCGAAAUAACUACAUCUGAGAGGAAUUGGAAAAAAACCGAAACUAAAAUUGAAAGUUUAAAAAACGAAAUUAAAACUGCAGAAGAUGAAAUUCGUGCUCUCAGUGUGGACAGGGAAAAAUUAAAUGUGCUUGCUGCUGAAUUGUUGGAAAAAUUUGAAGCAGCGAAAACUGAAAUAGAGAAUGCUAACAGUGAAUCAUCAAAUGUGAGUAAAGAAAUCGGCGAAAUUCAAAAGAAAGAAAAUGCAUUAACAUUGAAGCGGGUCGAAAUAGAGCAAAAUUUACAAACAAUCGAAAAGAAAAUCGCCGAUGUUAAACGAGAACUGCCUCAUUGGCGAAAUAAACUGAAACCGUUAAAGCUGCAUGAAAUACCAGGCGAAACCGAACCCGUUGAACCAUUGAAAACUUUCACCGAAGAAGAACUUGCAACUCACAAACUGCAAGACAUUCAGUAUAUGUACUCGGUGCAGGAACAAAAGUUGGAGUCAAAGAAGCCAAAUCUGUCAUGCAUUCAAGAAUAUAUUAAUAAACGUGAAGUGUAUCUGGAGCGAGUUAAAGUUCUAGAAGACAUAACCACCAAGCGUAAUGAGAUGCGACAAUUGUACGAUGAUGUGCGGAAAAAACGCUACAAUGAGUUUAUGCAAGGUUUCCAUAUUAUUACGAGAAAGCUCAAGGAAAUGUAUCAAAUGAUAACUCAAGGGGGUGAUGCUGAGCUAGAAUUAGUGGAUUCAAUGGAUCCGUUUACAGAAGGGGUAUCAUUCAGUGUUAGACCUCCAAAGAAAACCUGGAAGAAUAUAUCGAAUUUGUCUGGUGGUGAGAAGACGCUUUCAUCGCUGGCUCUUGUGUUUGCUUUGCAUUACUAUAAACCAUCACCUCUGUAUUUUAUGGACGAAAUUGACGCGGCAUUAGAUUUUAAAAAUAUAUCCAUUGUGGCGCAUUACAUUAAGGAAAGAACAAAGAAUGCGCAGUUUAUUAUAAUUUCGCUACGUUCGAACAUGUUUGAGCUUUCCGACUUUAUCGUUGGUAUAUUUAAAGUUCGUGAUUGUACAGACGCUGUCACUAUUCGCAAUAAAAUUGUCACAAAUGCUAUAAGGUUGACUCAGAAUGAAACUUCAAAUGAAUUAGGAGGGCCUGUACCCCAAUCAGAAAGCACCGCCUUAUCUCAAACGCUGAUUACGAAUAAUGAACAUACAAUAAUUUCCCAAGUUUCAUCAAUAGAACUUAAUGCAACGAGCAGUAUUACUGAUUCAUUUUUCAAAAAACCCAAACCGCCACCGCCACAAACAUCUGUUUAGUGUUUUUAAUAUCAAUUAUUCAAAACUACAAUAUUUUUUUUUUAAUAAUAAUAAGAAUUUGAUUUUGUUUAAUUUCUUUACUGUACAAAGACUUGUAUGUUUUAAGUUAUCCCUUUUUUCUCAACUGUUCAUUUACAUAGAUUUAAAUAACCUUAACAUUUUUUGUUCUUUUGUAAACCCCUGGUAAACGUGUUAUUAUUAUUUUUCGUUUAUUUUUUCGACAAAAUUAUAAAAA